UUAAUGUGGUCAGGCUUGCAGUUAUACAUGGGCGCCGUUUGCACGCCACAUUGCUAUUUUCCGGGUGCAUCACUCGAUUUACUGCGGUGUCGCGAGCGCGGGGUCGAGCCGCAUAGGGUACGCGCGCAAGUUGACAGUCGCCAUUUUAUUUUGAAAAUCAAACUGCAUCAGGGAGAAAGCGACCUUUUAAUUGUGAAUAUUGUGUGGUGAAAAGAAAGAAAAUGGUCAUCAGCACAUAAUUCCUGUAAGCGAGAUGUCACAUUUCCAGUUGCCCUGAGGGACACUGCCUUGCAUCGAUACACUUAGAAGAUACGUUUAUUUGGAAACAAAACAUUUCUUCAGGGGGGGGGGAGCAAAAGUAACCUAUCACUGCAGUGACUAAAGGGGAAUAAUGGUGAUUUUGCGCCGGGCUCGGCCGCCUGCUUCCGCCCCAACCAGCAAUGAAUCUUGACUCGCUCUCGCUGGCUUUGUCUCAAAUCAGCUACCUGGUGGACAAUUUAACUAAGAAAAACUACAGAGCCAGCCAGCAGGAAAUACAACAUAUUGUGAAUCGUCACGGCCCUGAGGCAGACAGGCAUCUACUACGCUGUCUCUUCUCGCAUGUCGAUUUCAGUGGCGAUGGUAAAAGUAGUGGCAAAGACUUCCACCAGACACAGUUUUUGAUCCAGGAGUGUGUGUGUCUGAUCACAAAGCCAAACUUUAUUUCAACACUCUGUUACGCCAUUGACAAUCCCCUGCACUAUCAGAAGAGCUUAAAACCAUCACCCCAUUUGUUUACUCAGUUGAGUAAAGUCCUCAAACUUACAAAGGUUCAGGAGGUUAUAUUUGGCCUCGCUCUCCUUAACUCCAGCAGCUCAGACCUCCGAGGCUUUGCUGCCCAGUUUGUGAAGCAGAAGCUUCCAGACCUCCUUCGCUCAUACGUAGACGCCGACCUUGGGGGCAACCAGGAAGGUGGCUUCCAGGACAUAGCAAUAGAGGUUCUGCACCUGCUUCUUUCCCAUCUUCUGUUCGGGCAGAAGGGCUUUAGUGGGGUUGGACAAGAGCAAAUCGACGUAUUUCUCAAAACACUGUGCAGAGAUUUUCCGCAGGAGCGCUGUCCUGUGGUGCUCGCACCACUUCUGUACCCUGAGAAACGGGACAUUCUCAUGGAUAGGAUCUUGCCAGACUCUGGAGAGUUAACCAAGACCAUGAUGGAAAGUUCGCUUGCUGAGUUUAUGCAGGAAGUUGGUUAUGGCUUCUGUGCAAGUGUCGAUGAAUGCCGAAACAUUAUCCUGCAAUAUGGAGUGAGGGAGGUCACUGCAAGUCAGGUGGCCAGAGUGCUGGGCAUGAUGGCCCGCACACACUCUGGUCUAUCUGAUGGGAUUCCUCUACAGUCCAUUUCCACACCUGGUAGUGGCAUAUGGAGCGAUGGGAAGGACAAGAGCGACGGCUCUCAGGCUCACACUUGGAAUGUUGAAGUUCUGAUAGAUGUUGUCAAGGAAGUUAAUCCUAAUUUGAACUUCAAAGAGGUGACGUAUGAGCUGGACCACCCUGGGUUUAUGAUCCGGGACAGCAAGGGAUUACAGAUUGUGGUCUAUGGGAUUCAGAGGGGACUUGGCAUGGAGGUCUUCCCUGUGGAUCUCAUUUAUAGACCCUGGAAGCAUGCAGAAGGGCAGUUGUCAUUCAUCCAGCACUCCUUGAUGAAUCCUGAUGUGUUCUGCUUUGCUGAUUAUCCCUGUCACACCGUCGCCAUUGACAUCUUGAAGGCUCCCCCUGAAGACGAUAACCGGGAGAUAGCUACCUGGAAAAGUCUGGACCUGGUGGAGAGUCUCCUGCGACUGUCUGAGGUGGGCCAGUAUGACCAGGUGAAGCAGCUCUUCAGCUUUCCCAUCAAGCACUGCCCAGACAUGCUGGUGCUUGCCCUGCUGCAGAUCAGCACGUCCUGGCACACGCUGCGGCAUGAGCUCAUCUCCACCCUCAUGCCCAUCUUCCUGGGAAACCAUCCCAACUCUGCCAUCAUCCUGCACUAUGCCUGGCAUGGACAGGGCCAGUCCCCUUCUAUCCGCCAGCUCAUCAUGCACUCAAUGGCAGAGUGGUACAUGAGAGGGGAGCAGUAUGACCAAGCCAAGCUUUCACGCAUAUUAGAUGUGGCUCAGGACUUAAAGUCUCUCUCCAUGCUGCUAAAUGGUACUCCAUUUGCCUUUGUAAUUGACCUUGCUGCACUUGCCUCUCGCCGUGAAUACCUCAAACUUGACAAAUGGCUGACCGAUAAAAUCCGAGAGCACGGGGAGCCCUUCAUCCAAGCCUGUGUGACAUUUCUAAAGAGACGCUGCCCCUCCAUCAUGGGGGGUCUAGCACCUGACAAGGACCAGCCCAAAAGUGCUCAGCUUCCUCCUGAAACACUGGCUACCAUGUUGGCGUGUCUGCAGUCUUGUGCUGGCAGUGUGUCCCAGGAGCUUUCUGAAACCAUUCUGACCAUGGUGGCUAACUGUAGUAAUGUAAUGAACAAAGCACGCCAGCCACCACCCGGAGUUAUGCCAAAGGGCCGCGCUCCAAGCACCAGCAGUCUAGAUGCCAUCUCUCCAGUCCAGAAUAUAGAAAUUUCCAUGACCGGCCUGAAUCUGGGCCCAUCAGCCACCUCCCACACCCCGAGCAUGCCAGGCUUCCCCACCCCACUGGGGGGCUCUGCUUUCAGCAACCCCCAGUCUCCAGCCAAGGGCUUUCCUUCUCUCAACCCAAACCCCAGUGCCACUUUUGGAAUAGGUGGUCUCUCCACACAACAACUUCCAGCUCCACUUGGUAUUGGCUCUACACUUGGGAUGCCAGCAGUCAACAGUGACCCAUUUGGCACUAGGAAGAGCACCCCGGGUCUGAACCCACCCACCUUUCAACAGACUGACCUAUCUCAGGUUUGGCCUGAGGCUAACCAGCACUUUAGUAAGGAAAUUGAUGAUGAGGCCAACAGCUACUUCCAGCGCAUCUAUAACCAUCCCCCACACCCCACCAUGUCUGUUGAUGAGGUGUUGGAGAUGCUGCAGAGGUUUAAGGACUCCAGUAUCAAACGUGAGCGUGAAGUGUUCAACUGUAUGCUGAGGAACCUGUUUGAGGAGUAUCGCUUCUUCCCACAGUACCCAGACAAAGAGUUGCACAUCACAGCUUGUCUGUUUGGGGGCAUCAUUGAGAAGGGCCUAGUCACAUACAUGGCUCUGGGGCUGGCACUGAGAUAUGUUCUUGAAGCCUUAAGAAAACCCUUUGGAUCCAAAAUGUAUUACUUUGGGAUUGCUGCACUAGAUAGGUUUAAAAAUAGGCUAAAGGAUUAUCCACAGUAUUGUCAGCACUUGGCAUCCAUAGCUCAUUUUCUCCAAUUCCCCCAUCAUUUACAAGAGUGUGUGCAGUAUAUCGAGUAUGGACAGCAGUCACGGGACCCCCCUGUGAAGAUGCAGGGCACCAUCACCACACCAGGCAGUGUAGCGCUGGCUCAGGCCCAGUCCCAGGCCCCCAAAGCACCUCAGGCUGGGCAGGCCAGCACCCUUGUCACCACUGCUACCACCACCACCACCGCUGCCAAAACCACCACCAUCACCAGGCCCACUGCUGUCAACUUUAAGAAAGAUGUGCCACCCUCUAUAAAUACAACAAACAUUGACACACUGCUGGUGGCCACUGAUCAAACAGAGAGGAUUGUAGAGCCACCUGAGAAUGUGCAAGAGAAAAUUGCCUUCAUCUUCAACAACCUCUCUCAAUCCAACAUGUCCCAAAAGGUUGAGGAGCUAAAGGAGACCGUAAAGGAGGAGUUCAUGCCCUGGGUAUCUCAGUACCUAGUCAUGAAGAGGGUCAGCAUUGAGCCAAAUUUCCACAGCUUGUAUUCUAACUUCCUGGAUACACUGAAGAACCCAGAGUUUGUGAAGAUGGUUCUGAAUGAGACUUACCGGAACAUCAAGGUCCUUCUUACCUCUGACAAGGCAGCUGCUAACUUUUCUGAUCGCUCCCUGCUGAAGAACUUGGGACACUGGCUGGGGAUGAUUACUCUUGCAAAAAACAAGCCCAUCUUAUAUCAGGAUCUGGAAUUGAAAUCACUACUGCUUGAGGCCUAUGUCAAAGGCCAGCAGGAGCUGCUGUAUGUGGUACCAUUUGUUGCCAAAGUCCUUGAGUCCAGCCUCCGCAGCGUGGUCUUCAGACCCCUGAAUCCUUGGACAAUGGCCAUUAUGAAUGUACUGGCAGAGCUGCAUCAGGAACACGACUUAAAGUUGAACCUGAAGUUUGAAAUUGAGGUUCUGUGUAAGAACUUGUCACUGGACAUCAACGACCUGAAGCCGGGGAACCUGCUGAAGGACAAGGACACACUGAAAAACCUGGAGGAGCAGCUGUCUGCACCAAAGAAGGAGACCAAGCCGCCCGAAGAGAUGUUGCCUGUAGGAGGUACUACAGAAUCUCUUCUGUUUGCAGCUGCUCCCUCAGCUCCGGCCACUACCACAGCCUGCACCGCUACCGGUCCCCCCACGCCUCAGUUUAGCUACCAUGACAUCAAUGUGUACGCCCUAGCAGGGCUGGCCCCGCACAUAAACAUCAACAUCAAUAUCCCCCUGUUGCAGGCCCACCCUCAGCUGAAGCAGUGUGUGCGGCAGUCCAUCGAGCGCGCUGUGCAGGAGCUGGUGCACCCUGUGGUGGACCGCUCCAUUAAGAUCGCCAUGACCACCUGCGAGCAGAUCGUCAGGAAGGACUUUGCACUGGACUCGGAGGAGUCCCGCAUGCGGGUGGCUGCCCAUCACAUGAUGCGCAACCUGACCGCCGGCAUGGCUAUGAUCACCUGUAGAGAGCCACUCCUCAUGAGCAUCGCCACCAACCUCAAGAACAGCUUUGCUGCAGCACUUAGGGCUCCCACCCCUCAGCAGAGAGAGAUGAUGGAGGAGGCGGCCGCUCGCAUUGCCCAGGACAACUGCGAGCUGGCUUGUUGCUUCAUUCAGAAGACAGCCGUGGAGAAGGCCGGUCCCGAGAUGGACAAACGGCUGGCCACAGAGUUUGAAUUAAGGAAGCAUGCCCGCCAGGAGGGCCGGCGCUACUGCGACCCCGUGGUGCUCACCUACCAGGCCGAGCGCAUGCCCGAGCAGAUCAGACUGAAGGUGGGUGGUGUGGACCCAAAGCAGCUGGCUGUUUAUGAGGAGUUUGCCCGAAAUGUCCCUGGCUUCCUCCCAAGCAAUGAUCUGUCUCAGCCCACAGGAUUCCUGGCCCAACCAAUGAAGCGUCCCCAGGCGGAAAACCAACCUUGCAACAUUGAGGCUACCGUCCCGGAAAGAGAACAGCAGGCAUGGGCCACUGAUGACGUGGCUCAGAUCUAUGACAAGUGCAUUGCAGAUCUGGAGCAGCACUUGCAUGCCAUCCCCCCAGCCCUGGCCAUGAACCCACAGACCCAGGCUCUGCGCAGCCUGCUGGAGGGCGUGGUGCUCGCACGCAACUCCCGUGACGGCAUCGCCGCCCUGGGCCUGCUCCAGAAGGCUGUGGAGGGCUUGCUGGAUGCCACCAGUGGUGCAGAUCCAGACCUGCUCCUGCGCUACAGAGAAUGCCACCUGCUGGUGCUCAAAGCACUCCAGGAUGGACGGGCCUACGGACCACAGUGGUGCAACAAGCAGAUCACCAGAUGCCUGAUUGAAUGCCGUGACGAGUACAAAUACAAUGUGGAGGCAGUGGAGCUGCUGAUCAGGAAUCACCUGGUGAACAUGCAGCAGUAUGACCUGCAUCUGGCACAGUCGAUGGAGAACGGGCUGCAUUACAUGGCAGUGGCAUUCGCCAUGCAGCUGGUCAAGUUGCUGCUCGUAGAUGAGCGCAGCGUGAGCCACAUCACAGAGGCCGACCUCUUUCACACCAUCGAGACCCUGAUGAGGACCAGCGCCCACUCCAGAGCUAAUGCCCCAGAAGGGCUGCCCCAGCUGAUGGAUGUGGUCCGCUCCAACUAUGAAGCCAUGAUUGACCGUGCUCAUGGCGGUCCCAACUUCAUGAUGCACUCUGGGAUCUCCCAGGCAUCUGAGUACGAUGACCCUCCAGGCCUCCGAGAGAAGGCCGAGUACCUGCUGAGGGAGUGGGUCAACCUGUACCAUUCUGCAGCCGCCGGCCGGGACAGUACCAAAGCCUUCUCUGCUUUUGUGGGCCAGAUGCACCAGCAGGGCAUUCUCAAGACGGAUGACUUGAUCACGCGCUUCUUCCGUCUCUGCACUGAGAUGUGUGUGGAGAUCAGCUACCGGGCGCAAGCAGAGCAGCAGCACAACCCUGCUGCCAGCGCAGCCAUCAUCAGAGCCAAAUGCUACCACAACCUGGAUGCCUUUGUGCGCCUCAUCGCUCUUCUGGUCAAACACUCUGGAGAGGCCACCAACACGGUCACCAAGAUCAACCUGCUCAACAAAGUGCUCGGCAUUGUGGUCGGUGUUCUGAUCCAGGACCAUGAUGUGAGACAGACGGAGUUCCAGCAGCUGCCUUACCACCGCAUCUUCAUCAUGCUGCUGCUGGAGCUCAACGCCCCUGAGCACGUCCUGGAGACCAUCAACUUCCAGACCCUCACUGCCUUCUGCAAUACCUUUCACAUCUUGAGGCCUACAAAAGCCCCUGGCUUUGUCUACGCAUGGCUGGAGCUGAUUUCUCACAGAAUCUUCAUUGCCAGAAUGCUAGCACACACCCCACAGCAGAAGGGUUGGCCUAUGUAUGCCCAGCUGCUCAUUGAUCUGUUCAAGUACUUAGCCCCCUUCCUGAGGAAUGUCGAGCUCAACAAACCUAUGCAAAUCCUGUACAAGGGCACUCUCCGUGUGCUUCUGGUCCUGCUCCAUGAUUUCCCAGAAUUCCUGUGUGACUACCAUUAUGGCUUCUGUGACGUCAUCCCUCCCAACUGCAUCCAGCUGCGAAACCUGAUCCUGAGUGCCUUCCCUCGCAACAUGAGACUUCCAGACCCCUUCACCCCCAAUCUGAAGGUGGACAUGUUGAGUGAAAUUAACAUUGCUCCACGCAUCCUCACUAACUUUACUGGAGUGAUGCCCUCCCAAUUUAAGAAGGAUCUGGACUCCUACCUGAAGACGCGCUCUCCUGUCACCUUCCUCUCUGAGCUGCGCAGCAACCUGCAGGUAGGGGGCGCCACUCUGGGUCCCUGGAAGCACUUACAGCAAAGCGACACAUCCUUAGACCAGGUGUCCAAUGAGCCUGGCAAUCGCUACAAUAUUCAGCUGAUCAAUGCGCUGGUGUUGUAUGUGGGCACUCAGGCCAUCGCUCACAUUCACAACAAGGGCAGCACCCCCUCUAUGAGCACCAUCACACACUCUGCACACAUGGACAUCUUCCAGAACCUUGCUGUGGACCUGGACACUGAGGGCCGCUAUCUGUUCCUGAACGCAAUAGCCAACCAGCUCCGCUACCCGAACAGCCACACACAUUACUUCAGCUGCACCAUGCUUUACUUGUUUGCUGAAGCUAACACAGAGGCUAUUCAGGAGCAAAUCACCAGGGUCCUGCUGGAGAGGCUGAUUGUGAACAGGCCGCAUCCAUGGGGAUUGCUCAUCACCUUCAUUGAGCUCAUCAAGAACCCGGCCUUUAAGUUCUGGAGCCACGACUUUGUCCACUGCGCUCCAGAGAUCGAGAAGUUGUUCCAGUCGGUGGCUCAGUGCUGUAUGGGGCAGAAGCAGGCCCAGCAGGUGAUGGAGGGCACAGGGGCCAGCUAGGCUGUACAGCCACCAUCUCUGAGGUCGAAGAGAACCAACCCCAACCCACUAACUCUCACACUGAUGCCGUCAUCAUCACUGUCAGCACUGAAUUAAACUGGGACUUUUUUUUUUCUCCCUCUUCCCCCAUUUAGAUCAAAGGUUUUUUUGUUUGUUUUUUUGGACAGAAAAAAAAAACGAAAGUUUCUUUUAUUUAUGUCAUGAGGACAUGCUGUUAAAUAAAGUUUUGAAGCCACAUUGUAAAUAUUAAAAGGGACUACGAAGGAUGAUUUUUGCCCAAGCCAUCUGAUAGACUUUAAUUUUUACAUGACAGAGAAAACAUCAGCAUGCACCAAUACAAUAUUGACUUUCUCCCAGACCCCCAACCAUUGAUUUUAGGUUUUUGUCUUCAAGACUGAUUUGUUUUUGUUUUGAAACUUUAUGGUGGUACUUUAUGAAAGCUGCCUAAUUUCUGUUUGGUUAUUGUUCUUGGAGAGCAGGCAGUGUAGAGAUCUCAACGAAGCUGGACAGGUGUGAUUUUAGAGUGCUGGAUUGGGGUAAAGGUAGCACCGUUUUAAAAUGCGGGAAUUAUAGGUUCUCCCAGGCACGUGUAAAAUUGUGGAAUACUCAGAAAUUUGAUGGUAAUUUGAAUCUUGAAUUUGUACAAAGAUCCAAAUUGCUGAACAAAAGAUGGACCAAUACAGCCCAUUUUGUAAGGAUUUUGAAUGUUUUGUAAAUGUAUUGGUCCGAGUGUUGUAUUUUGUAGUACUUUAUAGUUGCCUUUAGUUCUUGCUACUUAUUUCCUGUAUGUAUGCAUUCUGUAGUUAACGCAUUAAACACUUGAACUGCA